UACGACGGCGGGUGUGGUGGCCCUAACAUCCAUCAACAACACAAACAAGAUGGCAGGUGACACGAAGGCAGCCGAGACCAAUGAAAAGCUCCCCAAUAAUCCCCUCUCGAGGAAGAUCAACAAAAUUCUUGAAACCAGGCUAGAAAAUGACAAGGACACACUUGAUGCACUGAAGGAGUUAUCUACAUUCUUCUCUGAGAACACAUUAAGGAGUCGCAGGAACCUGAGAGGUGAAAUUGAAAAGCGAAGUGUUGGAAUUAGUGAGGAAUUUGUUCUUGCCCUUCGAGAUGUAAAAGAAGCAGUUGAUGAGAUAUACACAGAGGUUAGCUCCAUGAAUGAGGUGUGUGUUGACAUGAAGCGAAGACUACAAUCAACAAAAUCUGAAACACGCCACCUUAUUCAUCAGACGACCUCACUGCAGAAUCAAAGUAAUAAAUUACACAUGGAAGAAGAUGUUGCUGAUGCCUUUGUAAGAACCUUUCAACUAACUCCUGAACAAGUGGCUAUUAUAAAGGGCUCAACUAGGGAGUCACCAGUUACCCUGGAGUUUUUUGCUGUUCUAGAAAAAACGCAGAAGAUUCGAAACAACACAAAAUAUUUACUGCAGACAGGCCACCAGAAAACAGCCUUAGAUGUGAUGGAGCAAAUGAACGUGUGUCGUGAGGCUGGACUGGAGCGCUUGUACCGCUGGUGUCAGUCCCAGUGCCGCUCACCAGAUCCAUCCCCUCUGCUCACUCAAGCCUUGGCUGCUCUCCAGGAACGACCUGUUCUUUUUAAUUUAGUAACUGAAGAAUGGAUAGUUGUUCGACGAGGAUGGCUGGUGCGAGGUUUCUUAGAUGCACUUACCAUUGGUGGACCCGGUGGCUCUCCCCGACCCAUUGAGCUUCAGGCUCAUGACCCCUUGAGAUAUGUUGGUGAUAUGCUAGCAUGGGUGCAUCAGGCGCUGCCAUCGGAGCGGGAAGCUGCUCAGAUCUUGUUUGCGAAAUGUUCAAAUAUUGAUCCUGUAGAGCAGACACAAUCUACUGUAGCAAGCAUAUCUGAAAGUGUGUGUCGGCCCCUCAAGACACGAAUAGAGCAAAUGAUUGUGACAGAUCAAAGAAGAGAAGGUGGUAAAAAGCCAGUACAGUUAUACAAGAUAAGCAACCUUCUUCGAUUUUAUCAUAACACCAUCCUUCAGGUAACAAAUGCUGGUCUCUUAGUAGCAACACUUGACGAGCUUCACCAGCUGAGCCACAAAAUGUUCAUGUCUGCCUUACAAAAUCAGGUGAGUCAUGUAAGUGAACGAAUCGAGCCCCCCGGAGAAAUGCUAGCUCCAACACCUGGUGUUGCUCGUACACUCGGGCUACUGACUGAAGUAGUAACUGCUGCAACCAUAGCAGAUGAUGCCCAGCAUGACUUCAAGCAGAUUGUCAGCUGUGUAGUUGAUCCACUGGUAAAUGCCAUAAACGAGAGUGCGUCGGGGUUAGGAGCUGUAGAAUCUGCUGUCUACUUACUAAAUUGCUUCCAUCAGUUGCAUUCAACUUUAUCUCUCCUACAUGCUACCGGGGAAAAAUUAGAGAUGAUUCAGGGGCAGAUUGAUGCACAGCUGGAUACCCUGGCUCAGGAGCAGAUUAGUGGAGUUUGUCAUAGUGUUGGUGUGGCAAGCAUGUAUCCCUUCAUCAGUCAUCCACCAACAACACCACUCUCACAGAACCCUACAUGUCAGCCUCUUGCCAUACAGGCUUUCAUGACUAAACUUGAUGGUUUCUUGGCAGCACCUGAUCAUCUCAUGCUCCCUCAUACACGUCUCCUGCUUAGCUCAAAUUUUCGUCGGACUUUACAACAACGAACAGCAGAAGCAAUAACAUCAAUGUACUCCAAACUUUAUGCUCUUGUCCAUGACCCCAAUCAUGGCUACAACGAUCCAAGCUCUCUGCUGACCCGUGAACCAGACACUGUUAAAAAUCUUCUCUCGUAGUGCACUAGUAUGUCUCCCUUGGCAAGAUAGUCAUUGAAAUAAAAAAAAUUAUUUAUGUAUAAAUAAUUUGUCUGUGUAUGUGCAUGUGCAAGGUCGUUUGUACACUUGCACUGUGUUAAUUAGUACAGUAAUUUAAAAGUGAGAGGUCAGAAGUUGUUAGUCUGUUUAAAGAUAUAAUGUUUUGUUUCUUUAUAGUAUAUUUUCAAUAUGUACUAUUUAAUAAAUUAAUUUGUAUUCAUUUUCACUUGUUUGUAUUAGCUUUAUCUUGUAUAUGGAAGAAGAUUUGGCCUAUGUAGUGUAUGGGGACAUUGAUUGUAUUUUGUAGAAGGAUUAUAAUUACUAUCCAUCGAGUUUUGUAAUAAAGAAUAUUCUAUUGUUUUGAGCAUUAAAUGAUUUUCAAAUUUUU